GAUGUUUGCAGCAAGUUCUCUGAGCCUAACCGCUAGCACCGUAGGAUAGUUUGACUAGCGGUAAAAUUGAAAGAAAACCCCCCCAGAAAAACAGGUGAUAUCUAGAACCUGAAAGGGCUGUUCCCUUAGGAGGACCCUUUGAAGAACCCUUUUUGGUUCCAUGAAGGACCCUUUGCUAAAUUAACUUUGGCAAAAUGGGUGACCUUGAGCAGAUGACAGUGCUCAUGGCUAUUGUGCAGUGCGUAAUGACAGGAGGAUGGAGGUCACUGAAGCAACGGCAUACCUGAUGAAGUAUGGCUAUCUGCACACUUCACUGGAUCCUCAGAACCAGGGCUUCCAGAAAGAGGAUGGUGUUCCAGAGGGUAACAGACCUUCCGGUCACUGGAGUGAUUGACAAGGCCACCCUAGAGAUGAUGAGACAGUCUCGCUGUGGCAUAGAGGACCCCUUCAAUCAGAAAACCCUCAAGCUACUGGCGCAAGAGAAGCCUGACCUGGUGCAUCUACAACUACACUCCAGACGUGCCGAAGAGUGAGACAAAGAGGGCCAUCCGCUCUGCAUUUAAGUAUUGGAACGAUGUGGCUCCCCUGAGCUUCCGAGAGGUUGAGUAUGGACGAGCU